UACCUGCCCACGGUGUUUACAUCCUCAGCCGUAGGCAGGAAGGGGCCUGUCUUCUUGCCGCACCAGGAAGGACUGGGAUCAGAAAAGAGCGAGGCAGCAGAGGGACAGAAUCGAGGAAGUGGUUGUAAAUUCACACAGCGUUCUCUUCCUGUCUGCUCAGUUCUCAGCAGCAGCAGCUUCUCCUUCCUCCCCCGUACAAAAAAGAGCGGCUUCACAGCGGCUGCUUCAUUUGCAGCGGCGACUGAGGCAGCUCACAGCACACGGACCUGCUGAAUGUGGUGUUUCUCUGGAAACACAAGCAUUAGGAGAGAGGUCUCUCUGGGCCACUUUCUCAUGGAUCGGCAACAUCAGCAUGCCAAAGUGGAGCGCUUCGUCAAGCUGGGCUACUCCCACGCCGACAUCAUGCGGGUGCUGGAGAGUCUCCACCAGGACGCCCAGACCAACGACAUCCUGGAAGAGCUGAUCAAGACCUGCCAGAUCCAAAUCAAUCCCAGCGUCCCCAACAGUCCCAAGCUGGUGCCCCGAGGCUGCAGCCCUGGACCCAGCUUGCACAGAGCACCACCGCAGCUGCCGCCGCCGCCUGCACCAGAGGUGGCCUCCACCUUCAGACGGGUGGUGAUAGACGGAAGCAACGUGGCCAUGAGCCAUGGCGACAAGAAGGUGUUUUCUUGCCGAGGCCUUGAGCUGGCAGUCAACUGGUUCUGGCACAAAGGUCUGCGAGACAUCACCGUCUUCAUUCCCCUGUGGAGAAAAGAGCCGCCGCGGCCCGAGGCGCCAAUCGCAGAUCAACAUGUUCUGCACGAGCUGGAGCAAAGGAAGAUCCUGUUCUAUACGCCAUCGCGCUGUGUCAACGGUAAACGCGUGGUGUGUUAUGAUGACCGCUACAUUGUCAAGCUGGCCUUCGACUCGGACGGCAUCAUCGUGUCCAACGACAACUACCGUGACCUGCAGACGGAGAAUUCCCAAUGGAAAAAGUUCAUCGAGGAGCGGCUACUCAUGUACACGUUUGUCAAUGACACGUUUAUGCCUCCGGAUGACCCCUUGGGUAGAAACGGUCCGAACAUCGAUGACUUUCUCAGGAAGAAAUCCAAGACGACAGACAACAAACUGCAGAUCUGUCCAUACGGUAAGAAGUGCACCUAUGGGGUCAAGUGUAAGUUCUACCACCCGGAGCGAACCAACCAGUCACAGCUGUCAGUGGCAGAUGAGCUGAGAGACCGAGCCAAAACCUUCUCCCCUAAGACUAUCCUGCCGGAACCCCAUAGUGGCCCACCGGUGUACCACCCUGAGCUGACCUUCACCCCCUCCUCCACCCCACCUCCUGUGAACAUAGAGGACCGCUACCAGAGAGACAGCAGCAGAGUCCCACUCAGCGGCGGCCACCCCUUCUGCCCCAGUCCGGAUGUGGAUGAGGCGUUCGGCUCCCUGGACGGCAGCAUGUCCCGACUCUGCAUCCAGGACUCACCCAUCUUUCUGGAGAGUCACCCUCACAGCUGCAGCAGCGGGGUGGGCAGCUGCAGCCUAAGCCAGGAGGACUUCUCCCUGUCGAACCAGUCCAUUGGACGCAAACACAGAACCAGUGCAGGAAGUUGCCACAUCCCGGGGCACAAUCAAUCAUCUUCCUGCCUUAACUUAAGGUGUGGUGGUGGCAUGGGGUCCUCGCUCCAGCCGAGCUGGGACUCCUGCCCAGCUCUGCCUUUAGCAGAGAAUCACUCCUUUUUCUCUGAACCAAACUUCCGACAGAACCCAAACCCUGCCAGAGGUCCAUGGGCACAGGCAGAUCAUUCGGACGCUCGAAUGACGCGCAGCCUCAACACCGACCACCACCAGGGGCUACGGAGACAACUCAGCGCUCUAUACCCCCAGGCCAUCGUGGGGCAGGUCAUGGACACAUACCCGCACAUUUCCGACGUAAACAAACUGAUUUCUCUCAUCCAGAGACAUAGAAGUGGCCACAGCGCCUUCUAGCCACGAUGGACCCAACUGAACUCUCUCUCCAGCUUGCGAUCCCGUCCUCACGUUCAGCAUCCAAAGCUACAGACUGAACGCUAGUUAAAGGUGUAAUAUGCUGCUUUUCGCUCGGACCAAAGCAGCAUGUGUUGUUCCCCAUGUUGCCUCAAAGUGAGGAAUUGCUACUUUGUAUUUCUGUAAAGAAUAUUUUUAGACCCCAAAGGCUUGUGUCUUUGCUAUAUGCAAGUAAAAUGUUGUCACAUAAA